AUGAGAUCUGUUCAUGUCCACCUAUUUGCGGCCUCAUGUCUUCUGUUGACUGUGGCGGCAGCCGACUGGUGGGACGACUUCUCGAACAACAUCGCAUCCGACUUGUCACCACUGCUGGCUCUCUUCGGUGAACAAAUCUUGGAUAACUUCAUCUUUGCGAUGGCACCCCUUGGUAUCGUUACGGCUAUAGUAUCCGUUAUUCGCGUGCGUGGCGGACCCUCCCUGCGAGCCUUCAUUGGCCGGGCGCAGGAGGGAGGGGGAAUUGCCGAGGUAGAGCUCUGCUCGUCCACGAGCCGAGACGGUAAAUCGAUCGAAACCUCGACGUGGGAAGAAGUCGGCGAGCGGAAUGAUAUCGAAGCCCGGAUGCACGGGGCUGUCAAUUUUGCCCCAAACCCGAACCUUUCCUUCAAUAUUGGGACGACGAGGCGACCUCCUUGGGUCUACUUGCUAGCGUUGGGACUGGGCAUAGCCACCCAGGCGUCUAUCGUUGUUUUUGGAGGCCUCGCUACAUACUUUUGGCAGUGGCAAAAGGACGGCGCCUCUCCGCCGAAAUGGGCCUUUCCCGUAAUGACAGCUGGCACGAUAAGUCUAUCUUGUGGUAUGUUCUCUUGCGCGCUUCUCAUAGAUCGAAGCUCGGCAGAACGGGUGUUCCGCAAGAGACACAAAGACCACAAGAAUGCAGAAUCUACUGGCACGGAAGGUACCGAGAGGACAUGUCAGUCGACUAUUUACAUCGUACAACCCGGAAAUCAGUCCAUCGGUGACCAAAAUUACGAUGCAUUUGCCUUCUCAGAUGCAUCGAAGCCUUUGACAGAGUACACCACAUCUUGGAAGCGAAAAGAGUCGGCCCAACCUAGCGAGCAAUGUUUAGUCUGGUUUGCGAUUGGGUCAACCAUCCUUGGAUUCGGUCUGCAAUUCGUCGGCUUGAGGGCAAUGCAUUCAUCUGUGUCGAUGGUCCUAUUGGUCGCGAUACUUGUCAUGAGCAUCAUGCGCUCAGUGUUGCGCACAGGAAGAUUGAAAAAGGAACAGAACCAGCUCCGAAGUCGUCCCGAUGAGGUUGAAGGCCACGAGCUAGACUGGCUAGCGAUUGAGAUGACCUAUGGUGAAAGCAACAAGGAUCGUGGUCCAUGGUUCCUUGUCAGUGGCCCCUCACAGGAGGAGGAGUCCAAAGCUGACAGUUCGAUCAAUGAUGGGCGAGAUGGCGUCAGUCCGGCCAAAGGUGCCAGCUCUUUCAAAUCCGUCAGCCCCUGUCAGUCCGUCAGUACUUUGCAAUGCCUUGAUCCUUUGGCAUCUGUAGAGGUGAUAGAAGAGAAAGAGAACGGAAAGGCUCUUCUGUGCGCCUUCCAGGAUUCAUGCGCUGAUGAACGACCUCACCACCAAGAACAGGAGAAGAAUUUGAGGUUGGCCGAAGCACGUUGGCAGUCUAGAAAUGGUUGGGACUCGGAGGUCCAGUUUGGAAUAUUCUCACAUCGUAUCUCUCAGCCAUGCACUGCGGAAAGAUUGUUUUACUAUCGCUCUCGACUGGCCGAAUUGACAAGCCACUCAUCUGUUAACAAGUCAAAAGGUCCUGCGGACUGGGGUGAUCGACUAAUUCCAAUAAGACGACAAGCCCAGCAGCUCAAGAUAGCCAUUGAGGCCAGUACAUCCAUUCUCUUCACCCACUGCAAAAUCCUUCCAAAAUGGAGGAAGGCAAGAUCACUGGCAGUCAGUCUGAACGUCAUGGUGCCCUCUCCUAGCAACCCUGUAAACUCUCAAAUUCACAUUUUCGUACGCCAGCCGGACUUCAACAGUAAAGUCCGUUCAGCGGUAUGGGAGGUUGAUCGAAACGCCCUUGAAGCAGUUCUCGGCCUUUGGAACUGGUCAAUAGUCUCAGAUCAUAAGCUGGAACAAGAAGAUAAUGCUGGCCUCAAGACCUCUUUGGCAUCAGAAGUACGGAAGGCUAGGGUCAUUGCCGUGGGGGUUUCAGAAAAGCAACUCGUAUCUGCUCAAAAUGAGUUAGAUACAUGGUCAAAUGAUUUGUUUGCGUUCACAACCAACCAGACGUGGCAAUUAAAGCAGGAUGCGAACCCACUGGGCGCAAAUACGGUCUGGAAAAAGAACUGCGACAACAAAAGUCUGGAGCCUCAGUUUGGUCGGUGCAACUCGGUGAAACAACUCAUUCGUCUAUUUGGAUGGCCAGCGACAAGCCUUUCGAAUGAUAUGUCAGCAUUGACUGUUGUUUCCAAGCUCUCAAUCCCUACUCUUUGUGCCCAGGAAAUCUAUCAGCACUUCAUUGGGGCAAUGGCGACCACACUGGACUCGCUUGGUGGUACCACUAAGCCUCGAGUGGAAGACAAUACCAGGAUCUAUCUGACCAACGACGUAAUAUCUCGACUUGCGGAUUCCGUGGUUUCAAGCGGCCUUGGUUCACAACAGGACGCGUACUCAAUUCUGAUCCCAAUACUAAGCCGUCGAUCAAAGCUCCCCGUACCAACCGCGAUCAUGCCCAAGGUUUAUAGCAUCGCCAAAGAGAAUAUGCUCUCGGGAAAAUUCGAGGAGGCCGAGAAAGAUUUGAGAUGGGCGCGGCAAGUCGGUGUUCAAGCGCAUGCUCAGCGACAACAAGACUCAAGCUUGAAGACAGCUACUAUAGAGCUGGCAGAGUUCUACCGAUACACUUGGCGAAAAAGUCUUCUGGAAAAAGACUGUGAGAAGAGAAGACAUGUUCGAGGCGUUGGUCGCCGCGGCGCGUCAUGGUUGAAAGACAUUACACAUUCAAAGGCCUCCGAUCCAUGUCCCGACGAGAUAAGAGAGAUGAUGGGUCGAUAUAGUAAACUUUCCAAGGAGUGGGACAUUCAGAUCACCCAAUCUGACGCUCCGGCCUCCGAGGUGGUCCGGUAUUUGUUCGCGAAUCGCCUAUCUCUGUGCCUUGCGCUUAUCGCCGAAGACCCCAAGUUUGCGGAUGAAAAGGGUCGCACGCUGCUUUCUUGGGCAGCUGAGAAAGGCUGCCAAGAGAUCGUGCAGUCAUCCCUAGCAAUUGGUGCUCAAGUGGACUCCGAAGACGAAUCGAAGCGGACACCACUGAGUUAUGCUGCAGAGAAUGGCCAUGCCGAUGUGGUUCGUGUACUACUACAACACAAUGCUCAACCUCUCGCUCUCGACUCGAGACGAAGAACGCCACUCUCGUACGCAUCGCAAACAGGCAACGAUAGUAUACUUAAUGACAUGAUGAACUACCGGCCUGUGACUGCGGAUGCCGGUGAUGACUCCGGUUGGACGCCAUUGCACUGGGCGGCACAUUGCGGGAUCCAAAACUCCAUCAAGAUGCUUAUGGCCAAGCAAUUCGACAUGGAUGCCACAGACAACUACGGUCGCACACCUCUGAUAAUUGCACUAGUCAAUCGCCACGAAGCAGCGGCGACCCAACUGCUUGAAGGGGGUGCCACAUGGGAGAUCAACAUUGACGGGGAAGAAGCGUGGAAAUGGGCAUUUUCGAACGGCCACUGGUCAUCUGGAGAAUUUCUUCUCAAUCUUAUGAAUCGAAAACACAAUGGCUUGGAAACAUCCCUGAUCAGAAUCCUGUAUAUACCUUUGGAUCCCAUCAGUUCAGCACAGCGUACCAUAUGCCGUCAGGAUGCCUUACACCAGGAGACACCUAGCACAUCCCGGCAACCAUCAACAGUCACAAUAUUCGAGCUGACUAAUGAAGGCGAACAUCGCCCGCCGACAGCAUGUACAUUGUUAAGGGUUCUUGAGAGACCAUAUUACCACGAGAUAUGGGUUGACAAGUUUGACCAGAGAGGAACGAGAGACACGAUGUCCCUGGAAAUCCGUGAGUCCUGUACUCUGAGGGACAGAGUUGAGCGUCUGUUGUUGUACCUUGGACCGGAUGUCAAAACGACAGACCAGAUGCUCCUGGGAAUCUUACGGGCCUCGCCACAAACUGGGCUUUCUUUCGGGGAACUGAUGGCCACUCUUCAGCUCUUGCUUGAGAAAGCUGGCAACGACUUCGUUGUGAGCCGCGAAAUAGUGGAGGCAGCGAAGAACAGUGUUCUGGCGACGUCAGCUCUGUCGAUACUUCUCAAAAGAGAAUGGAAAAGGGGAAAUUUCUCCACACAAAUUCUCGGGGAAAUAAUGUGUCUCAGCCGCACCCACGGUCUGAGGAGUAUGAAGGAGUACCUCGAGGGCCAAGUCGAAGGCUUUGAUGUAGCGGAUGGUUUGCUUAUUGCGGUGCUCCAGCACGAACAAGAUGACCUAAUGGGUUUGAAGGUAUUAUUGAAUCACCGAAAGAAAGGCGUCACUGCAAAGACACUUUCUACAGCACUGCAAAAUUUAUCAACACAUGAGGACGGCUUUGGUGGAAUGAGAGGCGAUGGGUUUGGAAAUAAUGUUCGUCGCCUGUUCUAUCUUCAUGACAUGGGCGAGCAUUUCCACGUUGAGGGACUUGAACUUUAG